ACGACCUCGGUCUCGUUCGUUGCUGCAGCUACGGUGAAAUAAUCCAGGCGAGGAGGGAAAAGAAAAGAAAAAAACUCAACGUGAGUUUAUUAAUAUAUCAAAUAUAAAAAACAAACCAUGGCUCUCGAGUCGCGGAUCACGCAGGAAGAAAUCAAGAAGGAGCCGGAGAAGCCGAUCGACAGAGAGAAGACCUGUCCCCUUCUGCUGCGAGUAUUCACCACCAACAGUGGCAGACACCACAGAGCAGACGAGUUUGCCCGUGGCAACGUUCCCUCCAGUGAGCUGCAGAUAUACACAUGGAUGGAUGCUACUCUGAAGGAGCUGACCAGCCUGGUAAAGGAAGUGUAUCCGGAGGCGAGGAAAAAGGGGACUCAUUUCAGCUUUUCCAUUGUUUACCCCGACCCUAGAGGGAAAGUGUACAGGUUGAAAGAUAUCGGCAGCACUGUAUCCGGCAGGAAGGGCACAGACGACUCCAUGACGUUGCAGUCUCAGCGCUUCCAGAUCGGAGACUAUCUGGACAUAGCUAUCACGCCACCCAACAGAGCCCCGCCCCUUAGCACGCGCAUGAGGCCCUUCUGAACGUGCACACACACCAACAACAACAUGCAUACACAUACCUACACACAUGUGCUACACACACAUCAACCUUAAUUUUUUUUUUUUGAUCAUUUUCUCCAUGGAUGGUUUUUGCCUCGUUUUCUAAAAAUGUGACGUGUAAUAAAGUUGCUGUUUUUUUUCCAAAGUU